CUAGUUGCAGUGUGCAGGCUUCUCAUUGCGGUGGCUUCUCUGGUUGUGGAGCUCAAUAUCCAGGGCUCGUGGGCUUCAGUAGUUACUGUGCACAGUAGUUGCGUUGCACAGGCUUAAUUGUUCCGAGGCUUGUGGGAUCUUCCCAGACCAGAGAAGUCCUGCCAUUUCUUUUUGUAUCAGUUUCCAUCCCUCGUAUUUUCUAAGAACAUUUUAACUGCAUCUAGUUUUUCACAUAUAUUAUUGUAAAGGCAUACAAAAUCGGUCCCUUUUCAGUCCUGGUUUUAUUUGUGCACACUUCCUCCACCUUGACUAUACAUGUUAAAUUUGGUACGCCCCACCUCUGUUCUCUUUUUUGGUCUGGGUUUGUUGACAUCUCCCCAGCUGUUCACUCAACUUAUUUUCAGUUUCACCUUUCCCAUCCAAGCAGGAGGGCCUCACCCUUGCUCUGUCUCAUGGCAGAUGCUUCGCACACUGAGUCCUUAUGGAGGUCAGGGGAAGGAAGAGGUUAUGCCAUUCUGCCCUUUCUUGCUUCCACACCUCUCUCUGGGACGAUGACUCCCUCCUGGCCCAAAUCCCCCCUAAAUCUUGGUCACAACUGUGUGUCAACUGGCCCUACAGGUGAAGGUGCCUGCCUGUGAGUCACAGAUGAGCAAGCAAGCCCCCACACCCCAUGCUGUGGGGGGAUGGGGCCAUCGGUCCCUGUGUUCUUCCCAGAAUGUUUAAUGAAAGCCUGCUUUGUGUCAGGCACAGGAGCUGGAGGACCAGUGAUGAACAAAACAGAGAACAAUGGUCCCAACAGGGAGACGAACAAGCAAAGGAGUAACUGCAUCAGGGUAAACUAAAUACAUGAAAAGCCAUCAGGAAAAGAACAGCAUGUGUGAGAGGACAGGACUCAAGAUUGGGCAUCAGAAGAAACCUCAGAAGGUUACAUUUAUUCAUUCAUCCUGGAAUUAUUUCUUGAGCAAGCACCUUUUAAGUACCAUUCUUCUAGUCAAUGGGAUAUAAAAGUGACAAAGGCAGACAAGCCCUCUAAUGGGCAGAGACAAUUUGCAAGAAAAAAACGGAAAAAUAAAAUGAUCUUUAGAGAAGAGAUAUGCUGGGAGGAAAAGAAAAUUAUAGAGUAUAACCCUAAAGCAGUUUGGCACAUUUUCAUAUGUAACCCAGGAUGGGAAGUCAAACAAAGAUUCCUGGAUGACAGGAGUUAUGGUCAUGGCAGAUAGUGACUGAGAAAGGAGAGAACUUUAGAUGUGGAGUUAGGAGGAGCUCUCUUAGAGCGUGGCACCUGAGGGAAACCAAGAGGCUGCCAAGGGAAGAACUUGAAUGAAUACCAGAACGAAUGAAUAAAUACAGGACUUCCAGGCAAAAAGAAAUAGCGAGGAUAACUAUCCAGAGAAGGGUCCAGAAGAGCAUAGAGCCCGUGUGCCCAAGGAGAAGAACGAACCGAGAAAGGGCCUUGAAGAUCAGUGCAAAAUGCUGGAUUCCAUUCGAGACGCCAGGGGUGGUCUUGGAAGGGUGGGACACGGCCGCGGCCACGUGCCUCGGCUGGGACUGGGCCUUCACGCCGGCUCCUCUGUGACGUCACAGGACGUCACGGUAAGAUGUUCCGGUCCCUCCAGCCCUGAGCCCCGUCAAGCAGUAACAUCGCGGCGAGCGCCAGGGCGGCUGGCUGGGCCAUGAAACUUUAGAAGGCCAUGUCGAAACGCGACAUCGUCCUCACCAAUGUCACCGUUGUCCAGCUGCUGCGACCGCCGUGCCCUGUAACCAGAGCACCACCCCCGCCGGAGCCCAGGGUUGAAGCAGAGCCUGAGCCCCCACCCCAGCCCCAGCCGGAGCCAGUCAAGGAGGAAGUCCCACCACCUCCACCACCACCACCCCCUCCUGCAGCUAAGAAGGUUCGGGAGCUGAUAGUUGGCAUCAAUGGAUUCGGACGCAUCGGUCGCCUAGUGCUGCGUGCCUGCAUGGAGAAGGGCGUUAAGGUGGUAGCAGUGAACGACCCAUUCAUUGACCUGGAAUACAUGGUGUACAUGUUUAAGUAUGACUCCACCCACGGGCGAUACAAGGGGAGCGUGGAACACAAGAAUGGACGACUGGUCGUCGAUAACAAUGAGAUCAGUGUUUUCCAGUGCAAGCAGCCCAAAGAAAUCCCCUGGAAGUCUGUCGGGAGCCCCUUUGUGGUGGAGGCCACCGGUGUGUACCUGUCCUUAGAGGAAACUAAGGCCCACAUCGAGGCAGGUGCCCAGCGUGUGGUCAUCUGUGCGCCCUCUCCAGACGCACCCAUGUUUGUCAUGGGGGUGAACGAAAAGGAAUAUAACCCCAGCUCCAUGAAAAUCGUCAGCAAUGCGUCCUGCACCACCAACUGCCUGGCCCCCCUCGCCAAGGUCAUCCAUGAACGAUUUGGGAUUCUGGAAGGCCUGAUGACCACAGUCCAUUCCUACACGGCCACCCAGAAGACAGUGGAUGGGCCGUCGAAGAAAGCUUGGCGAGACGGACGGGGCGCCCACCAGAACAUCAUCCCAGCCUCCACGGGGGCUGCCAAGGCCGUGGGCAAAGUCAUCCCAGACCUCAAAGGGAAGCUGACAGGAAUGGCAUUCCGAGUACCAACCCCAGACGUGUCUGUGGUGGACCUGACCUGCCGCCUGGCCCAGCCUACCCCAUACUCAGCCAUCAAGGAUGCCAUCAAAGCAGCAGCCAAGGGGCCCAUGGCUGGCAUCCUUGCCUACACGGAGGAUGAGGUCGUGUCCACGGACUUCCUUAGCGAUAGCCACUCGUCUAUCUUCGAUGCUAAGGCCGGCAUCGCGCUCAACGACAACUUCGUGAAGCUCAUUUCCUGGUACGACAAUGAAUAUGGCUACAGUAACCGGGUGGUGGACCUCGUCCGCUACAUGUUCAGCAGAGACAAGUGAAACAGGCUGACCCACCUCUGCUUCCCAGUGCUCUCGGGCCGGAACCUGUUUCUCAUCCCCGUCCUCGGCCCCCCGGGGAAAGGUGGGCGUCCCCGCGCGAGGGGCCUGUGCCGCUGGGCCAGUGGUAAAAUAAAAACCCAGAGUGCUCACA